ACUAAUUUUAAAAAUACAUGGAACUUAUCAAUUUAAGUACAUGAAAUAGUGUAAACAAAUUUUUUUUUUUGUAUCUAAAUUAUAUAAAUAUUAUUUAAGUAAGAUUUUAUUAAUUCAUUGAAAAAUCUUAUAAAUAUAUAAAUUUAGGGGUUGUUAAUCCAGGAAUGGACUCCUGAUAAUUUUUAAAUGUUUCAUUUGCUUCUAAAUUAAAAUUAGCUUUAUUCUCUUAUAACCAAACAUAAUAUUUUAGUGGUGUUUUCAAAGUAAAUGUGAGCCAAAAAUAAAAUUUUUCUGAAUAAAAUGCUGUCUGCAUUUUAUAUUUUUUCUUCAAGAGGGGAUGUUUUACUGAAAGAAAAAUAUAGAGAUGAUAUUCCUGAAGAAUAUUUUAAUUCUGUGAUUUCUUCUGUUUUAAAGAGUAAAUCAGGAUCAAAUCCUCCCUGUGUAAAAUCUAAUGGUAUUCAAGGAUUUUUUAUAAAACGAGACAAAAUAACAUAUGUAGCUCUAAGCAAGAGAGAAAUUCCUACUUUAGUUGUUAUACAGUUUUUAGACAGUUUUCAUUCUUUGUUACGAAAUUUUUGUGGUGGUGCAACUGAAGAUCACAUUACAAAAAAUUUGCUUCUGGUUUAUGAACUUCUGACAGAAUGUGUGGAUAAUGGAUUUAUGAAAACUACAAACACAGAACAAAUAAGGCACACAGUGUUUGCCGAUCCUGUAGUCACAAAAUCAAAUCCAAAGUAUGAGGUUAAGAAACCUGGACCAGUACGAUUUGGCUUGGAAAAAGUGUUGGUUCCUAAUUCAGCUGCCGAAAGGCCACUAGUGAAAUCUCGAUCUCAGCAGCUUAUUAAAACUGCUGAAGUAUUUGUUGAUGUCUUUGAAAAGUUAACAGCACAUUUUAACAAAGAAGGACAAAUUCAAAUAUUUCAUUUGUAUGGUUGUAUCCAACUGAAGAGUUUUAUCAAUCAUAGCCACCAACUCUUGGUUAGUUUAGAAGAUAGUUUAAAGCAAGAAACACUUAAAGGUCUGUAUUUUGAUCAUAGUGAAUUUGAUACCUGUGUAGAUUAUAAAAAUUUUGAAAAGAACAGAUCAUUUAUUGCCCGUCCUUCUCAAGGAGAAAUUAAAGCUAUGAGUUAUACUUUGGAAAAUCCUGUUCUUUUACCUUUUAGAUUAACUGCAAAUAUACUAGGAUCUGAACAAAAUAGGGAUUGUGAUUUGAUUUUGAAGUUAAACUGCAAUUUACCUACAGAUGUAGAAGCUCUGAAUAUUAGUCUGCAUAUACCGGUUUCGUCAGCAACUAGAAACAUUAUGCAGCAGUUUAGUAAAUUUCAAAAUUCGGCUGAAUUCAUUCGAAAAGAAAGAAAGAUUAUCUGGAGGUUGAAAAAACUACCGGGUCAAGAAGAAGUUAUUGCAAAAUUUAAGCUUAUAGAAGCCUUACAAGUACCUGCAAAUUAUUUGGAAAUGGGUCCAGUUUCGCUUGAAUUUGAAGCAUCAAAUACAACAUGCUCCGGCUUACGUAUCCGAAAUAUUAAAGCUGAAGAUCCUUCGGGCAAACCAAUAUUGAUUCAAAAAUGGGUUCGAUAUGUCACUGUUGCUCAAUCAUAUGUAUUUCAAAUUUGAAAUUCUUCCUAGUUUUUAAUAUUUUUUUUCUCAGUAAUUCACAAUAUAUAUAUAUAUAUUCAAUCAUUUAAAGCAGGCUUUUGUAAAUUAGGAAUCUUGAUCUUGCAUAAUUCAUUAGAAAUAUUUGGAUUCUAAGAGAUUUUUAACAUUUGUAUAAAAAAAUACUUUUUCUUUCUUCAAGAGUUCUAAUAACGUUUUUAAAUAAUUUUUAAAAUUGAAUCAUUUUAGUUAAUCAUCAUUAAAUAAUACUUAAUUUUCUAAUUAUUUUCCCCUUCCCUUUCUUCAUACACACA